CGCCGAGGAUACGUCGAGAGGGACUCCAUGACGGCUUCUGAGAAGGAUGUCCGGCAGGAUGACGAAACCCGAGAGAUGAUCAGCAGCAUGGAGAUGGAGGACGCGAGCAAGCGCGGGGGCAGCCUGGAGUGGCUCGCAGUCUCCUCGGUCAUGACUGUGAGCAUAUUCGCGGGGCUGCUCGGGUACGACAUCGGGGUCAUGUCCGGCGCGCUGCUGCCCAUGUCCCGAGAUUUGAGCUUCACGAGCUCGCAGGAGGAGAUUGCGGUGGGAUGCCUCAACUUCGUGUCCGCCGCGGGAGCCAUAUCGGGCGGCACGAUGUACAACAAGCUGGGCGCGGUCAAGUGCGUGAAGAUCGCGGUGGUGCUCUACGCGGUUGGCAUGCUCGUCAUCGCCGCGUCGCACUCGUUCGCCAUGGUUUUCUUGGGGCGCCUGAUAGUCGGCCUGGGUGUCGGCCUCGGGUUCGCCAUCUGCCCGCAGUACAUCGCGGAAAUCUCGCCGCCCGCGUGGAGAGGCGUCCUCGUGUCCUGCUUCGAGAUCUCAAUCAACCUCGGCCUGUGUGGCGGUUACCUGGCCAACCUUGUGUUCGUCAACCUGAGCGAUUCUCCCAGGUGGCGCGGGCUGAUGCUCCUGCCCCUCGUCCCCACCGCGCUCAUAUACAUCCUCAACAUCCCCAAGCUGCCCGAGUCCCCGAGGUGGCUGCUGAGGGAACCCAGGAACGAGGCGCUCGCGAGGGACGUGCUCGUGAGGACGUGCGGCGAAGCAGCAGCCGGGCCUGCGCUGGCGGACAUCAAGGAGAUCAUCGCGCAGCAGAACGCGGAAGAGGAGAGCCAGGGCGACAGGGGUAAGAAAGGUUGGGCUCGUUUGUUCGAAGAGCCCGUCGCGAGGAGGGCGCUGCUCAUCGGCGCGGGCACGGCUUUCUUCCAGCAGGCGAACGGGUCCGAGGCUGCCGUCUACUACGUGCCGCAGGUGCUCAAGGCGGCGGGGGUGGAGAGUGAGCGCGACCAGCUCGGCGCCGCCGCCGUCGUCGGCAUGUGCAAGACGGUGUUCAUCACGGUCGGUCAGUUCUCCGUGGACAGGUACGGGCGCAGGGUGAUGCUCCUGUCCUCCAUCGCCGCCGUGACCGCGUCGCUCUGGCUGCUGGCGUACUGCCUCGGAGCCGCGCAGGCUGGCGGUUCGGCGGCGGGGAUCACGCUGUUCGCGCUCUGUUUCUUCAUGGCGAGCUUCUCUCUCGGCAUGGGUCCGGUGACUUGGGUGGUGGCCAGCGAGAUCUUUCCCCUCAGGGUUCGCUCCAAGGGUGUCGCGUUCUCCAUGGCUGCGAACAGGAUCACCAGCGGGACGGUUGCGAUGACGUUUUUGUCCCUGUCGCGCUGGCUCGGCGUCGGGGGCGCGUUUUCUCUCUUUGCGUGCGUGUCAGCCUCUCACUUCGUGUUCACUUACGCGCUGCUGCCGGAGACGAGGGGUAAGACGCUGGAGGAGAUCGAGGCCGUGCUCGCCGCCGGGUCGUCGAGGUACCAGAGAUUCGUCGAUGACGAGGAGGUGGCGUCGUCGCCAACCUACGAGGCAAACAGGUCGGGCGUGCCCAUCCGAGCCUCGUGAGGGUUUGAUUCCGUGAAGUAAAAGUUCGUGCGCGGGGGACGAGUCGAGAGACCCCGAAAUUAUGUACACUGUGAGCGAUGUGUCAUACAAAUACAUUGUAAGUCGUUGUUUUCUUCAUCCCUCGUCCUUCUCGUGGAGGUCGUGAAGCCAUCGGCCGCGGCGCGGCGGUUCUUCUCGCCGAUGCUAAUUCGCAAUCAAUCACCCCCGGCGGGGGUUUCCUUUCCGCGGCUCGGUCGUCACACGUCCAUGUCCGGCCCCUCUUCAUCGCUCGAUAUGUAGUCGUCCGCCCCCAUGUCGUCGUCGCUCUCCCCGUCCUCCCCGCUGCUCCCCGGCGCGUUCGGUCCCCUCUUCUGCACCAGAUCCUCCGGCCUGGCGUACUGACCCACCAGCUCCCGCACCUUCUUGGCGUACGCGUCGGGUUCGCGGAGCAAGAGCGCCGCCGCGUCGCCGUUGAGCGGGUCCGUGGGGUUCGGGUAGAGCAGGAGCUGCGGGAGGAAGAUCUCGAAGAUGUUUACCAGGUCGAACAUCGGCGACCACGUCUGGUUGAUGACGUCCAGACACACGCUCCCCGCGCGCUCGUCGACGUUUGGGUGGUACAUCCGGUUCACAAAUCCGAUGCUCGGGGACUUGUACGGGUACCCCUCGGGCAGCUCGACGUGAACCUUCCACACACCUCCCUCGUACGGCGAGUCCGGCGGGCCGUGGAAGUUGACGUAAAACUCCUGCAUCGAGUCGUUCACCAGCUCCACCUCGUGGUCGCUCAUCAUCAGCUUAGUGACGUCCAUCUCGCGUCGCUUGAAGGGCGAGCCCGACCCUGACAUCGACAUCGUGCCCCGAAACCCUCAGAGUACCGUCCUCGCGCCCGUCGAAGGCCCCUUCGUGCCCGGGAUGGAAAACUCAAACGUGACCCCUCUGCCCGGAUACGCGCUUAUAUCGCAGGCAGAUGUUCGCUGUCGGUUAUCCGCGGCGGGUUUGAAGCGCGCGACGAACUCGAGCUUGAGAAGCCUGGAAAGUCGGAGGUGAGUAGGAGCCGAGAGUGACUCGCGUCGCCUUCCUCGCGAGAGUGCGGCGUCCGCGUGAACCCGGACGCGCCUCGU